AUGGGAAGUGCUGCUGUGAUAUGCAUGCUCGUCGGGACCAUCUCGGGAUUUACGAUCUCCUCGAAAACUGGGAUAAAGAGGUAUUUGGUUAAGGGGGAGCCCUGGAAGAGUCCUGACCUCAACAUAACUUAUAAGCUAACAUCUAUGUCUGCAUCUGGAGUUCCUGCAGAGUUCCAGACGGAAGAGAUAUCUCCAGGCAUCAAGAUUAUAAAGGAGGUUGGCACUAACGAUGUCCUGGACCUUCAUCACCCAAAGAAAACAGAGCCAAAGCUUAUGUUCUAUGGCCGAAACAAUGGAGCCCGACAAAAGUUCGAAAUUGAGGGGGAUGAGAAGAGUGGGUAUCACUUGAAGAACAGCGGGAAGUGCCUGCAGUACGACGAGACGGGGAAUAUAUAUGGCGUCACCUGCUCCUCAAACCCGGGGCAGAAGUUCGAUAUUGUCUACUCUCCUGAAGACUCGGAAUAUAAGCCUCUUGCUGAGGAAGCUUCCAUCGAGGAAACGUCAGUCGGUAUCAGCCCGGAGGAUUUGGAUCUCUAUCGCUCUGCCCAAGUGCUCGUAUUCAAUGAAGAACCCGAGCAUAAACACAAGCACAGCCAUCACCAUAAUCACAUCCACAAACACCGCCAUAAUCACGCGCACAAGUAUCAUCACAUUCAUCCGCGCUCUUCUCACAAAUCAACAUACUUUACCUACCAAAGGUAUCCUGAGCAGAUUAUUGUAUAA